AGUGGAGGGCUCGAUCGUAACACUGUGUACACCCCAGUCCAACACCGGCAUCUCCGAAUCAAAAUAACCCAUAAGUCUUGAUAAAGUUAUUUCUCUUUGCAAACAACAUAACUCGACUUUUACACCAAAUUUAUUGAUUUUUAAAGUUUGAGAAAGUGGUAUUGGCAUGUCUGAAGUUCUGGGAUGACAUUUCCUCGUACAAUGAUCGAUGUCUUUAAUAAAUCCGAGUUUUAAGUUGAGUGAAUAUUGCACAGUGCUAGUUUUUGAAAGCAGGCGGUACCUUCGGAAAGGGACAAGAGUUGUCGGCGGAAAUCUGUUAGUGUUGGUGCAUUGAGAGCGGCGGAAGAAGUUUGUCGGAGCUGUUUUAGUGAGGGAUUCUCCAGGUCAAGUGGCUGAAAAUUGGAAAGGUGCUGCAGUACAGGCAUAAUGGAGCCACAGUGCAAAAAGCAAAAAACAAGAGUACUUAGCACAUUUACUUGGGAGGUGACGCCUGUCCUUUCAGAUGAAAAGUUAUGUGAAGUUGAACUUCUGGAAGCAUUUGCAGCCCCUAUUAUCAAUAAAAAACAAACAUCUUGUCUUAUCAAACAAUUGACUUGUCUCUAUCCACUGAACAAUCUUCCACAUAUCAAGAGAGUACGAAACUGCAGGGACAAGAGUGAUCAUCCUUUGGAAAUCAUCAUUUGCCUACUCCGGGAUAUACCAAAUAGAGAAGUAUCUCUCAAUGACCUUUUUCCUGAAGCAAAGGCUGAUGGACUUGGAGAACCUUUUCGGGUCAGAAUACCAGCGUACCAACCAUUGACUAGAUCUCAAUUUGAAGUAGCUAGCCAGCACUGGCCAACAACCUUUCGUGAAAACAAACAAGUGACUGAUGCCCUCCAAGGUCACCUUUUUAACACUGAAGAGAAAACAAAAAUGCAGACAUUUAUGGAAAAAGCUAUUGAAGCAGCUACAGUUGGAAAGAAAAUGGGAAUGGAGCCAGUCGGUGCUGUGAUUGUUAACCCAGCCACUGAUGAGGUGGUUGCAGUAGGUCAUGAUUGCAGAAAUGGACCAAAUCCACUGCUUCAUGCAGUUAUGGUGUGUAUUGAUCUAGUCGCCUACAGUCAAGGUGGUGGUGCUUUUAAUCAUAACAAAUAUCAUAACUGUUGUUUUAAGGCAGUGGAAUCCUUUCCUGGUGAACAUGCAAUCAACAUUGGUAAACCUUUGCUUCCUUCAAACGAUGAUAGUCUCAGAGAAAAUAUUGUAAAUGGGUUGCCCUACAUAUGCACUGGUUAUGACCUGUAUGUUUCAAGGGAACCAUGUGUAAUGUGUGCAAUGGCACUGGUCCAUUCCAGAAUACGCAGAGUGUUUUAUGCAACAUCGUUUCCUGAUGGAGCAUUGGGCACUAAAUACAAAAUACACACAAAAAAGGAUCUUAAUCACCAUUAUGAUGUUUUUAAAGGAUUGAUGGAAGAUGAAUGUCAGUUUCUUUUGUCUUAGUUUUACACAGCCAUUCAUUUUGCUUAUGUACUGAAAAAAACAAUUUUGUUCCAUAUGAGUUUUUAAAAUGCAUUCCAUUUUACAUAAUAUUAAUUCGAAUGGAGUACCAAUUCUUAAGAAUUCCAUGAAAAUAUUUGUUUUGAAUAACAAUUUUUUGAUUUUAAUUUUUAAACAAUUCAAUUUUAUAUUAAUGUACAAAAAAUCAUGGCAUAAGGGUCAGCAACAAAAGUAGAAUAAAACCGAAGUUUUCUGAGAAACAGAAUUGAAUGCAAUAGUCUGGGCAGAGAAUAAUAAAAUCAAUUGUAAAGUUGUAUAUGUUGAGCAGGAAAAGCCUCAGCUAAUGAAUCAAAUAUUUUAUUUGAAAGAAGAGAAUGUUUAAAUCAACAGUUUAGGUAUCACGAGUACUUUGGCAAUUGCAUUGAACAAGUGAAAACUGUCAAAGAGCAGGGCUGAAAAUAUUUUAAAAGUUAUGAGGGAUGUGACUAGUAGGCAUAGAGGGAAAGUGAUUCAGGGGAUGCGAUUAUGGUAGCUCAAGGAGUCAUCAUCAAUAGUGAAAUGAGGAGCAGGAACUGUGCUAUAAUGGCAGCGUUGAUAAACUUCUUACCUCCAGUGUUCCUUUGCCAAGGUGGGAACAAGGAUCUUCAAAUCAUGUGGGGUGCUACUAAUUCUGGAAAGCUUGGACGUGUGGGCCUCAGUCUAGAUGAGAAUAUUGCUGCACAGAAAUGGAGAAAGUCAACAGGGAGUGCUGGAGAAACUGUCAUGCAUAACUGAGGUAUAAAUUACAGUUUCUACAAAAUGAAGGAAGAAGUUCAGAGAUGAGAAAUAUGUAGGGCUUGAUCAAGCAGCCUCAUUAACAAUCAAAGAAGCAGAGAUUUGGCCUAGUAGUGUGCUUUUUUUGACACAAUGUGUAUAAUUUGCUUACGAAACUUGCAGUUUAAAAUAUCCAAGUAUACUGUCAAAGAUGAAAAAGCAGUCCAUGACUAGCAGUGGGAGAAAGGGAGGACUGCAGAAGAAGGGUGUAUGCCCGAAACGUCGAUUCUCCUGCUCCUUGGAUACUGCCUGACCUGCUGCACUUUUCCAGCAACACAUUUUUCAUGACAAGAAGUGGUUGAGCCUCAAACUUCGCAGGUACUCAUGCUAUCCUCUGCCUUAUUUCUUCCCACUGAGGCCUGGUCUCUCCACAAAAAUAGAUCCCUUGUUUAUCCUACCCUCUGGAAUACAUACCAUACUAAUCUUUAACCUAUGAUUUCAACAUUAAAGAACAAUUUCUUGAUUCUCACACUCCUUUUAGUGCAAAGUUAUAGUUGUUGGAUGUUUGAGAUCAAAAGGACAAGUGUUGGAUUGUUUACAAAGGAAAAGAUAAAGAAAAGUGUGGCCUUUCAUCACUUGCAAUGUGCAAAUCAAAGGAAGUGAACGCAAGACAUUAGGUAUGUGAACACCCUCAUCUCUCAGCUGUGACCACAAUACUAGUGAAGCCUAUUUCAGUAGUACUGCAGAAAAAUUAAUAAAAUCAUUCUCAUUCUGGCUGCAUUUUUACUCGCCAUGUUAUUUGAACAGUGAAUGAGGCCUGUGGCGCAGUUGAUAAAAUGGACAGAACUCUGAUAGUGAAGAUUGUUUGGUAUGCUUGCCUUUAUUAGUGCAGUGAAAGUGAGGACUGCAGAUGCUGGAGAUCAGAGUCUAGAUUAGGGUGGUACUGGAAAAGCAUAGCAGGUCAGGCAGCAUCCAAGGAAUGAAGGACUUUUGCCCGAAAUGUCUAUUUUCCUGCUCCUUGGAUGCUGCCUGACCUGUGCUUUUCCAGCACCAUUCGAAUCUAAACCCUGCCUUUAUUACUGCAUUGAGUAUAGAGUUGGGAGGUUUUGUUACAGCUGUACAGGACAUUGGUUAGGCCACUUUUGGAAUACAACAUGCAAUUCUGAUCUCCCUGCUGUAGGAAAGAUGUUAUGAAACUUGAAAGGAUUCACAAGGACGUUGCUAGGGCUGGAGGGUUUGAGCUAUAGGAAGAGGCUGAAUAGACAAUAUUUUCCCUUAAAUGUCAAAAAACUUUAGUUAUGAAGAGAUUGGAUAGACUGGGGUUGUUUUCCAUUGGAGCAGAGGAGGGUUGGGGAGAAGAUGGAGUACAUGAUGGAGAUGUAUAAAAUUGAGGGGCAUAGGCAGGGUAGAUAAGAAGGAAACUUUCCCCUUGGUAGAGGAAACAAUGACCGGGUACUUAGAUUUAAGGUAAGGGGCAGGAAAUUUACAGAGGAUGUGAAGACAGAUUUUCAUACAGAGGAUGGUGGGAAUCUGAAACUCAGUGAAGGUGGUUGAGACUAAAACCCUUAAUAUUUUAGUGAUAUUUAGAUAUACUUGCUAUGCCAAGGCAUACAAGACUAUAAGGACAGAGUUCUGGAAAAUGGGAUUAGAAUAGUUAGGUUGUUUUUGCCUAAAAGCCCUUUUUUAUGCUGUAAACCUCUGUUUAAAGCCUUUGAUUCAAAUUGACAGUUUGAAUUAUUCUAUUUCAACUUUUUUUUUGUUAAAGCAAAAUCUGGUAUGCUUUUGGAUAAGCAACAGAUCACUUUGUUAAAACCAAAACAAAGAGUUAUGAUCUAUCAAGCAGAGUUCCCAUCUAGGAUCGGACUUAUCCGUUAAUAAUCGGUUAGGAUCAUAAAUGUAAACUUGAACACCUCAUUUUCAAGGAGACAAUUUAAGAUUUGAAACACCUGAAAGUCUCAUGGUAUUUUUAGUUUUUAUAACAAUCGAAAUUACUGUCUUUAGAGCAGUUACCAUUACAAAGGAAAAUGUGAUCUAUUAAUACAAAGUAGACAAUGUUAAAAAACCAUUUGCUGUCCAAAAUAAACAAAGUUGAUAAUGCCAUAUGGGGUGCUUUGUUGGGGGUGACCAAAUGCUUGAUUCUGGACGUUUCACUGAAAUGGUCAUCAAAUCUUCACAACUUCUUGGAACUAUAUUAUAGCUAUUUUAGGGAUAAAUUGUGUAUGCAACUGUGCAUUUUUGAAAGUUUGUUCUACAUUUAUUCCCUAAAGAAACAGAUUGUCCUGAUCUGGUUUAUACAUGACUCAGCUAAUUCUUAUCUAAAUAAUCCAGCAUGCCACUCCAAAAUCUAAGAAAUUGGUUGGCACAGACUUGGCAGGCUAAAAAGGCCAGUUCCUGCUAUACUGUUUUAUGUUUAUUCUUGAUUCAAUCUCCAAUUUACAUUAUUAGCAGACAUGGUAUCGAUAGUCAUUUGUGAACUGAACCAAAACUCAAGUUGUUUAACUUUUGCAAGAAUAUAUUUCUAAAAUGAAGGCAAAAUGACAAUUCAGCACAA